CAUAACUUUCUGUCUUUAUCUCUCUUCCAUUUUUCAACGUGAUUUCUGUCACGUUGAGAUUCAUUCCCAUUUUCCAUCUUCAAUAAAACUCACGCUUUUUUUCUUCUUAGGGUUCAUUGAAUUUUGUACAAUUUUGGGUUUUUCACGUUAGUUUUCCACCUAUAAUUUUAACAUUCUUCAAAAUUCUACAAAAUCUUUGUUACCCCACUUUUAUAGCAUAUACUUGCAUGUUCAUGUUGCAAAACAUCUUUCUCCAAUGAUCAAUUGCAUUGCACCAUCAAGCUUAUGAUCAAAGACUGUAACACGGACACCAGACAAGACACAGACACCUCUGACCGAGACACCUGAUAGAGACACCUAACACGGACAUUUGAUAGGACAGGACUUUGACACGGACACCAGAUAGGAUCGACUUUGGCAUGGUCAUCCGUCAAGACACGAACAAGGAAUGAUGCUUGGGAUAGGGGGUAAUUAGUGUUAGAUGGGAAACAACUGUGUUGGAUCGAAAACCUCACAAUCAAAGGAUGUGUCAUCACCCUCAGCUCUUCCAAGUCGUUCUUGCUGGUCGCGUGGUAGAAAGAAGAAAGAUACUUCUGAUGCAUACAAAACCAGUCCAACAAAAGCUAUAGAAACUGUUCAAAACAAGGCACCGCAGGUAGUGAAAAUUGAGAAUGAGGAUGUAAAGCCAGCGCAACAGCAAAAACCGCAAACGAAUGAAGGUGUUGUUGCUACACCUGCAAAACAAAAGAGGCCUCACAAUGUGAAGAGACUAGCAAGUGCAGGACUUAAAGCAGAUUCGGUUUUACAGCGAAAAACGGUUAGUCUUAAGGAGUUUUAUAAUUUGGGACAAAAACUUGGACAAGGGCAAUUCGGAACAACAUUUCUUUGUGUGGAGAAGGCAACUGGGAAAGAGUAUGCGUGUAAGUCUAUCUUGAAGAGGAAGUUGUUGACGGAUGAGGAUCUGGAAGAUGUGAGGAGAGAGAUUCAGAUUAUGCAUCACUUGGCUGGGAGUGAAAACAUAGUUUCGAUUAAGGAAGCUUCUGAAGAUGCUGUUGCUGUUCAUGUUGUUAUGGAGUUGUGUUCAGGUGGUGAGCUUUUUGAUAGGAUUGUGGAAAGAGGGCAUUAUACGGAGAGAAAAGCGGCUAAACUUGCACGGACUAUUGUUGGUGUUAUUCAGUCAUGUCAUUCUCUCGGAGUAAUGCAUCGUGAUCUUAAGCCGGAGAAUUUUCUUUUUGUUAAUCAGCAAGAAGAUUCUCCUCUUAAGGCAAUAGAUUUUGGACUAUCUUCUUUUUUUAAACCAGGUGACAUUUUCAAUGAUGUAGUAGGAAGUCCAUACUAUGUUGCACCUGAAGUUUUACGCAAGCGAUAUGGCCCAGAAGCAGAUGUUUGGAGCGCCGGUGUCAUCUUGUACAUUCUCUUAUGUGGGGUGCCUCCAUUUUGGGGUGAAUCGGAGCAGGAGAUAUUUGAGGCCAUUUUGCAUAGUGAUCUUGAUUUCACAUCAGAUCCAUGGCCUGGUAUAUCUGAAAGUGCAAAAGACUUGGUUAAGAAGAUGCUCGUUAGAGAUCCUAGUAAACGGUUAUCAGCUUUUGACGUUCUUCGUCACCCCUGGAUUCAGGUUGAUGGAGCAGCCCCAGACAAGCCUCUUGAUUCUGCAGUUUUGAGUCGCAUGAAACAGUUUACUGCAAUGAACAAGCUCAAGAAAAUGGCACUUAGAGUUAUUGCCGAGAAUCUCUCUGAAGAAGAAAUUGCUGGAUUGAAAGAAAUGUUUAAGAUGAUCGAUACAGACAAUAGUGGUUACAUUACGUUUGAAGAACUCAAGGUUGGACUGAAAAAAUUUGGUGCCAAUCUCAAUGAAUCUGAAAUUUACGAUUUAAUGCAAUCUGCGGAUGUUGAUAAUAGUGGUACAAUUGACUAUGGAGAAUUCAUAGCUGCAACAUUGCAUUUAAAUAAAGUUGAUAGGGAAGAUCAUUUAGUUGCCGCUUUCUCAUAUUUUGACAAAGAUGGAAGUGGGUUCAUCACUCGAGAUGAGCUUCAAAAAGCUUGUGAAGAAUUUGGCUUAGGGGACGUUGGCUUGGAGGAAAUGAUCCGAGAAGCUGAUCAGAAUAAUGAUGGACGAAUAGACUACAAUGAAUUUGUAGCUAUGAUGCAGAGAGGGAAUGCAGAAAUCGGUAAGAGGGGUCGAAAGGGUAGCCAUAGUUUAAGCAUUGCAUUUAGGGAGGCACUACCAGUAUGCUAAUGUAAGAAAAGUUUAUACUAGUAGUGGAUGAUUUUCUCUCAAAUUUUGUAAGGUAGCAUUUUCUCCAUGGUGUAUUAAAUUGAACAUAGUUUCUCGAGAGAAAAUAGCUCUUAUUACUUAAAAUGUUCAAGGUAUUAUUUGAGAGAAGUUAUUGCAUAUUUCCUAUCAUACUGUAAAACAACUCAAGUUUAACGUUGAAUAGUCACUAGUGCUGAUGGCGACGAAGUGACUUUGUCGGGACACAAUUAACUACAAUGAUGAGUCUUGCAAGACAAGGCAUGUUCUCUACUGAGCGUGUUAGCUAGUAGCUAGGAAAAUUAUGCGUGCUCAAUCGAGAACAUUGGUUGUAAGACUCCAUCUUUGGUUGUAGUUUUUGUUGAGUGGUUGUAAGACUCCAUCUUUGGUUGUAGUUUUUGUUGAGG